AUGGCCCUAGUUCAUGGCAGUUGGGUCAAGCUUGAUCAAAGAGGAGAAGGGCAAGGAGCAAGAAGCUCACAUGCUAUAGCAGUAGUAGCACAGAAGGUGUAUGCAUUCGGCGGCGAAUUCGUGCCACGUGUCCCGGUUGAUAACAACGUUCACGUGUUCGACCUAGAGACUUUAACCUGGUCUGUGGCUGAUGCAUCAGGUGAUACCCCACCGCCACGCGUCGGAGUCACAAUGGCCGCAGUGGGAGAAACCAUUUAUGUCUUCGGUGGAAGAGACAGUGAACACAACGAACUCAAUGAACUCUAUUCUUUUGACACAAGGGCCAAUAAAUGGGCCUUAGUUUCACGCGGGGAUAUUGGGCCUCCUCAUCGGAGCUACCACUCCAUGACCGCCGAUGACCGACACGUGUAUGUCUUUGGCGGCUGUGGAGUUCACAGGAGGCUCAAUGAUUUGUGGGCUUUUGAUGUUGUUGAGAGCAAGUGGGUGGAGUUACCCUCUCCGGGUGAGAGUUGCAAGGGGAGAGGUGGCCCGGGCCUGGCCGUGGCCCAAGGAAAAAUAUGGGUGGUGUAUGGGUUCUCCGGGGAGGAAAUGGAUGAUGUGCAUUGCUUUGAUCCGGCCCAUGAAACAUGGACCCAGGUUGAGACAAGUGGGCUGAAGCCCACGGCCCGUAGUGUGUUUUGCACCCAUAGUAAUGGGAAACAUAUAAUUGUGUAUGGUGGGGAAAUUGAUCCUAGUGACCAAGGUCACAUGGGUGCUGGUCAAUUUUCUGGUGAGGUUUAUGCAUUGGACACUGAGACAUUAGCAUGGAAGAGAUUGGAGGAUGAGGUGGACUCCGGCGGCGGUCACCCGGGGCCACGAGGGUGGUGUGCUUUCGCCGGAGCUCGGCGGGGCGGCCAUGAGGGGUUGUUGGUGUAUGGUGGCAACUCUCCUAGCAAUGAUAGGCUUGAUGACAUUUUCUUCCUUGCUCUUUCUCAAGAGGUGAAUUAA